UCACUUUUCGUGCUCCAUGUGUUUUGACUUUUAUAGUUUAUCUUGCUUUUAGACAUUUGAUUUAAGCAGUUCAGAAGGUGUGGACUUUCUAGAUACAUUUCUUUCCAUGAAUCCAAAUUCCAGCGGACAGGUUAGAAUCCACGAUUUCUUCAGGGUUCUGAGAUUGAAGGCUUGUAAUCUUUCUGAAAAGAUAUUUGGAGUCCUUGAUGUGGAGAAAAAGGGUAAAAUAACAUUCAAGAAGUUCUUAUAUGGGUCAGCUCAAGUCCUACAGCAACCAUUUUCAGACAGACGAGCCAGUGAAUUAGCCUUCGCUGAGUGUCACACUGGUGGAAACCAUUACAUUUCCGAGCAAGAAUUAGGAGAUUCCAUUAAGCCGGCUAUUCCAAACACGGACGAGUUUGAGAUCCAUGAACUAUUCAAAUCAUUUGAUACCGAUAACGAUGGGAGGAUCAACAAGGAUGAUUUUAUCGCCUGUUUAAGAAGAAAUCCGUUGCUUGUAGCACUUCUCUCUCCCCAGUUAAUGCACAAGAACUUGUCUGGAGUCGAUGAUACAUAGGAGGUUAAAGGAGAUGGUGUGACAGACGAUGGGUUGAUCAGUCUUCUUGUAGAUUUGGCUCAAUGAAACAUUUUAGCUCUUUCACAGAGGGCUUAAGUGAGGGAUAGGUUAUUCGAAUAUAAUUCUUUUUCUUUUGAAAAUAGUCACUUAACUUCUUGUGAUUUGUUGAAUAAAAUAUACCAUUUUCAUCAAAAUUAACAAUGUAUUACACACGUCUAUGUUUUCAAAUACUAGGAGAUUAUGUGCGUAUAUAGGGGUAGUGUGAAGUGUUUAGUUUAGAAAAUGAGAUUAUUGAAGUUAGUUUACAAGUACUCGUAAAUUAGGAGUUAAUUGUUUAUUUUCAAAUAACAUAGGUAUUAUGUG